CGUUGCUGCUUUGUAAACAUCUUUAGGAGAGACAGUGACGAUGGUUUCGUGCUAGUGUAGUUAAACUAAUUGCCAUUUCAUUGCUUUUGUUUUCUACCCAAGUUGUUUCAUUACUUUUGUUUCCCCAUCAAAGUUAAGCCGUUAUAUUUUUCACUGUUUGUGCUCUUUGCUAAGGCACCGAGCGCUCGUUUGUGUCCGAACUUGCUGUGUGACGAACCAAUAUGGGGACGCCUACUAGUGACAGCGCAUGCCCGUUACGUACCAUCAAACGGGUUCAGUUUGGUGUAAUUGGUCCUGAUGAACUUAAACGUAUGUCUGUUACUGAAGGGGGUAUCAAAUACCCUGAAACAACAGAAGGUGGACGACCAAAGUUGGGAGGGUUGAUGGAUCCCCGCCAAGGAGUGAUUGAAAGGACUGGAAGGUGUCAAACAUGCGCAGGAAAUAUGACUGAAUGCCCUGGCCACUUUGGGCACAUAGAGCUGGCAAAACCGGUGUUUCAUGUGGGAUUCAUCAGCAAAACCAUCAAAGUUCUACGCUGCGUUUGUUUCUUUUGUUCCAGACUAUUGGUGGAUGCAAAUAAUCCCAAGAUCAAAGACAUCCUAACCAAAUCAAAAGGACAACCUCGGAAGAGGUUGACACAUGUUUAUGAUCUCUGUAAAGGGAAGAACAUCUGCGAAGGUGGUGAAGAGAUGGACAACAAGUUUGGUGUUGAACAGCCUGAGGGAGAAGAGGAUACUGCAAAGGAAAAGGGCCAUGGUGGAUGUGGUCGCUAUCAGCCUCGUAUCCGUCGUGUAGGUCUGGAACUGUUUGCUGAGUGGAAACAUGUGAAUGAGGACUCUCAGGAGAAAAAGAUUUUGCUAAGUCCAGAGAGGGUACAUGAAAUUUUCAAAAGAAUCUCUGAAGAGGAGUGUUUAAUUCUGGGAAUGGAUCCAAAGUAUGCCCGUCCUGAGUGGAUGAUCAUCACGGUGCUGCCAGUACCUCCACUUUCUGUCCGGCCUGCUGUUGUCAUGCAGGGAAGUGCAAGGAAUCAGGAUGACUUGACACACAAGCUAGCAGACAUUGUGAAGAUCAAUAACCAGCUACGUCGCAAUGAACAAAAUGGGGCUGCUGCCCACGUCAUAGCAGAUGAUGUCAAAUUGUUACAGUUCCAUGUGUCUACUAUGGUAGACAAUGAGAUGCCAGGGCUGCCUCGGGCAAUGCAAAAAUCUGGAAGGCCUCUGAAGUCCAUCAAACAGCGAUUAAAGGGCAAGGAAGGUCGUGUUAGAGGUAAUCUUAUGGGAAAACGUGUGGACUUUUCAGCUCGUACAGUCAUCACACCAGAUCCAAACCUGUCCAUUGACCAAGUUGGGGUGCCUCGAUCUAUUGCUGCCAACAUGACAUUUCCAGAAAUUGUUACACCUUUUAAUAUUGACAGGUUGCAGGAGCUGGUGCGUCGUGGUAACAGUCAGUAUCCUGGUGCCAAGUACAUCAUCCGUGACAAUGGAGAUCGGAUUGAUCUAAGAUUCCACCCUAAACCUAGUGAUCUUCAUCUUCAGAUUGGCUACAAGGUGGAGCGGCACAUGUGUGAUGGGGACAUUGUCAUUUUCAACAGACAACCAACACUCCACAAAAUGUCUAUGAUGGGUCAUAGGGUACGAAUCCUACCCUGGUCUACAUUUCGACUCAACCUCAGUGUGACCACACCAUACAAUGCAGACUUUGACGGAGAUGAAAUGAACCUUCACUUGCCUCAAUCCUUAGAGACACGAGCAGAGAUCCAAGAGUUGGCUAUGGUACCAAGAAUGAUAGUCACACCCCAGUCCAACAGACCUGUUAUGGGUAUUGUACAGGACACUCUUACAGCAGUCCGAAAAUUCACAAAAAGGGACGUUUUCAUGGAUAGGGGUGAAGUGAUGAAUUUGCUCAUGUUUCUCUCCACAUGGAAUGGGAAGGUUCCCCAGCCUGCUAUUCUGAAACCUCGUGCACUGUGGACAGGAAAACAGAUCUUUUCUCUCAUCAUCCCUGGCCACAUCAACUGUAUACGAACACACAGCACUCAUCCUGAUGAGGAGGACAGUGGGCCUUACAAACACAUAUCACCUGGAGAUACAAAGGUCGUUGUUGAGAAUGGUGAACUUGUCAUGGGCAUUCUGUGUAAGAAGUCUCUGGGUACCUCAGCAGGGUCACUCGUACACAUAUCCUAUUUGGAGAUGGGCCAUGAUAUCACACGUAUGUUUUAUGGAAACAUUCAGACAGUCAUUAACAACUGGCUGCUUAUUGAAGGUCACACCAUCGGUAUUGGAGACUCCAUUGCUGAUGCAAAGACCUACCAAGACAUUCAGAACACCAUCAAAAAAGCGAAACAGGAUGUGAUAGAGGUUAUUGAAAAGGCCCACAACAAUGAGCUGGAGCCAACACCUGGUAAUACUCUGCGACAAACCUUUGAGAACCAGGUAAACAGAAUCCUGAAUGAUGCUCGUGACAAAACUGGUUCAUCUGCACAGCAGUCCCUUUCCGAGUACAAUAAUUUCAAGUCUAUGGUGGUGUCUGGUGCUAAAGGAUCCAAAAUCAACAUCUCACAGGUUAUUGCUGUGGUGGGUCAGCAGAAUGUUGAAGGUAAACGAAUCCCUUUUGGUUUCAAGCACCGUACACUGCCACACUUCAUCAAAGACGAUUAUGGACCUGAAAGCAGAGGAUUUGUGGAGAAUUCAUACCUUGCCGGACUGACUCCAACAGAGUUUUUCUUCCAUGCUAUGGGUGGUAGAGAAGGUCUGAUUGAUACUGCUGUGAAAACUGCAGAAACAGGUUACAUUCAGAGACGUCUGAUAAAGUCUAUGGAGUCUGUAAUGGUGAAGUAUGAUGCAACUGUGCGUAACUCCAUCAAUCAGGUUGUGCAGCUACGUUAUGGAGAGGAUGGACUGGCAGGAGAAGCUGUAGAGUUCCAGAAUUUGGCCACAUUGAAACCAUCCAACAAGGCCUUUGAGAAAAAGUUCAAAUUUGACUAUACUAAUGAGAGGGCUAUGAGGCGAAUGCUGCAGGAAGAUGUAGUCAAGGACAUCCUGAGCAAUGCACUGAUUCAGAAUGAGCUGGAAGGAGAAUUUGAGAAGAUGAAGGACGACCGAGAAGUGCUAAGGGUUAUUUUCCCUACUGGUGACAGUAAGGUGGUGCUACCUUGUAAUCUUAUGAGGAUGAUUUGGAAUGCUCAGAAGAUUUUUCAUGUAAACACUCGGGUGCCAACUGACCUUCAUCCUUUGAAAGUGAUCACUGGCACAUCCAGGCGAGAUGGUGGGAGCAUUGGCUGCACAGUCACUGGGUGAGCCAGCUACACAGAUGACUUUGAACACUUUCCAUUAUGCUGGUGUGUCUGCCAAGAAUGUCACCUUGGGUGUGCCCCGUCUCAAAGAAUUGAUCAAUAUAUCUAAGAAGCCUAAGACUCCUUCUCUCACUGUAUAUUUGCUAGGGCAGUCUGCAAGAGAUGCAGAGCGGGCUAAGGAUAUUCUCUGUAGACUGGAGCACACAACGUUGAGGAAAGUGACUGCCAACACUGCCAUUUAUUAUGACCCGAACCCUCAGAACACUGUGGUGGCUGAAGACCAAGAGUGGGUUAAUGUGUACUAUGAGAUGCCGGACUUUGAUGUGACCCGUAUUUCUCCUUGGCUGCUUCGCAUCGAGUUGGACCGCAAACACAUGACAGACCGUAAGCUGACUAUGGAACAGAUUGCUGAGAAGAUAAAUGCAGGUUUUGGUGAUGAUCUGAACUGCAUCUUCAAUGAUGACAAUGCUGAAAAGCUGGUGUUGCGUAUCCGUAUCAUGAAUAGCGAGGAGAACAAGUACCAGGAGGAGGAGGAAGUAGUAGACAAGAUGGAUGAUGACGUUUUUUUGCGUUGCAUAGAGUCUAACAUGUUAACUGACAUGACACUUCAGGGAAUUGAACAAAUCAGCAAGGUAUAUAUGCAUUUGCCACAGACAGACAACAAAAAGCGAAUUAUUAUCACAGAGGAUGGAGAAUUCAAGGCAUUACAAGAGUGGAUUCUAGAAACUGACGGAGUAGGAUUGAUGAAAGUUCUAAGUGAGAAAGAUGUGGAUCCCGUCAGAUCAACUUCUAAUGAUAUUGUGGAGAUUUUCACAGUUUUGGGAAUUGAAGCUGUAAGAAAAGCUUUGGAAAGAGAACUGUACCACGUCAUCUCCUUUGAUGGAUCCUAUGUAAACUACCGCCACUUGGCCCUUCUUUGUGAUACUAUGACCUGCAGGGGUCACUUGAUGGCCAUCACCCGACAUGGUGUUAACAGACAGGAUACUGGACCAUUGAUGAAAUGCUCCUUUGAGGAAACGGUUGACGUGCUGAUGGAGGCUGCAGCCCAUGGAGAAUCAGAUCCCAUGAAGGGAGUAUCUGAAAACAUUAUGCUGGGCCAACUGGCCCCAGCUGGCACUGGAUGCUUUGAUCUGCUACUGGAUGCAGAGAAGUGUAAAUAUGGCAUGGAGAUUCCAACCAACAUCCCAGGCUUGGGCAUUGGAGGGCCUACGGGAAUGUUUUUUGGCUCUGCUCCAAGCCCUAUGGGUGCUCUUUCACCUGCUAUGACUCCUUGGGCUCCAGGAGCUACACCUGCCUAUGGAGCUUGGUCUCCCAGUGUUGGUAGUGGAAUGACUCCUGGUGCUGCAGGGUUCUCUCCUAGUGCUGCAUCAGAUGCCAGUGGGUUCAGCCCAGGGUAUUCCCCAGCUUGGUCACCCACUCCAGGGUCACCAGGAUCACCUGGACCAGCUAGUCCUUACAUCCCUUCUCCUGGUGGUGCAAUGUCUCCCAGUUACUCUCCUACUUCACCAGCAUAUGAACCCAGAUCACCUGGAGGAUAUACACCACAGAGUCCCAGCUAUUCUCCUACAUCUCCCUCAUACAGCCCAACAUCACCCUCGUAUUCUCCAACUAGUCCCAGCUAUAGUCCUACUAGUCCUAGUUACUCGCCAACCUCCCCUAGUUACUCACCAACUAGUCCUAGUUAUAGUCCUACGUCACCAAGUUAUAGUCCUACAUCACCCAGUUACAGCCCUACUUCUCCAAGUUACAGCCCUACCUCUCCAAGUUACAGCCCUACCUCACCAAGUUAUAGCCCUACUUCUCCUUCCUACUCUCCUACCAGUCCAAGUUACAGUCCCACCUCACCUAGCUACAGCCCAACAUCACCAAGUUAUAGUCCUACAUCACCUAGCUACAGCCCCACGUCACCUAGCUAUUCCCCUACUUCACCUUCCUACUCUCCCACUAGUCCAAGUUACAGUCCAACUUCGCCCAGUUACAGCCCUACCAGUCCCAGCUACAGUCCAACUUCACCCAGUUACAGCCCCACCAGUCCCAGCUACAGUCCAACUUCGCCCAGUUACAGUCCCACCAGUCCCAGCUACAGUCCAACUUCACCCAGUUACAGCCCCACCAGUCCCAGCUACAGUCCAACUUCACCCAGUUACAGCCCCACCAGUCCCAGCUACAGUCCAACUUCACCCAGUUACAGCCCCACCAGUCCCAGCUACAGCCCAACUUCGCCCAGUUACAGCCCCACCAGUCCCAGCUACAGCCCAACUUCACCCAGUUACUCUCCAACCAGUCCCAGCUACAGCCCAACCUCGCCCAGUUACUCUCCAACCAGUCCCAGCUACAGCCCAACCUCGCCCAGUUAUUCUCCAACCAGUCCCAGCUACAGCCCAACCUCGCCCAGUUACUCCCCAACAUCUCCCUCAUAUUCUCCAACAAGUCCAACAUAUUCACCCACCUCUCCAAACUAUACUCCCACUUCUCCGACCUACAGCCCUACCUCACCAAGCUACUCUCCAACCUCCCCAACUUACACACCUGCAUCUCCAAAUUACAGUCCGACAUCCCCCAGCUAUUCACCAACAUCUCCAAGCUACAGUCCAGCUUCUCCCAGCUACUCUCCCUCCAGCCCUCGCUACACCCCUCAGUCACCAACCUAUACACCUAGCUCUCCCAGCUACAGUCCAAGCAGCCCCAGCUACUCUCCCAGCAGUCCCAAAUAUACUCCAACAAGCCCAUCUUACAGUCCCAGUUCCCCAGAAUACACCCCAACCUCUCCAAAGUACAGUCCAACAAGUCCAAAAUACUCACCAAGCUCCCCAAAGUACUCUCCAACAUCCCCAACGUAUUCUCCAACUACUCCAAAGUAUACUCCAACCAGUCCAAAGUAUUCCCCAACCAGUCCAACCUAUUCCCCAACCUCACCAGUUUAUACCCCAACUUCUCCCAAGUAUACUCCCUCUUCUCCAGACUAUACACCCACAUCUCCAAAGUUCACUCCUCCUUCCCCCAAGUACUCUCCUACCUCUCCUACCUACUCUCCAACCUCUCCCAAAUAUACACCCACCUCUCCCAAAUACUCUCCUACUUCACCUACUUAUUCACCUACAAGUCCAAAGGGAUCAACCUAUUCCCCUACAUCACCUGGAUAUAGUCCUACUUCACCAACGUACAGUCCUACCAGCCCAGUGCUUAGUCCAGAAGACAGUGAUGAUGAUUGAGCACAAGAGAUUGACUGGCUUGUUAAAUACUGGCAUCCAGACUUGCAAGAAGGUAGCCAUGGACCAUUUUUGUUUUUUGAUUCUUACCCUAUUAUAUGCCAGCGAGACACACUGAUCUGUGAAAUCUACAGGACUAAAACAAAAGUGGCUCAUGCAGAAGACAUUGUGUUGUGAAACCAAGCAAGUUUUCCUGACAUCUUUAGCCCUCUGUAAAGUGAAACUGGUUUUAAGGACAGAAUCAUUUAGCUGCACACCAUUUCCAAUGACCACUUCUUCCAGGACUCUGGGAAUUUGACAUUUAAAAGCUUCAGACUUUCUCAAGUUGUCAACAUGAGAAUUUUUUUGUUGAAUUCAUUGUUAUCCAUAUCCUGCUGGUAGGGCAUUAUCUUUCAGCCUUAGAAUUUUUUGGAACUAGUGAAGGAUCUAAAAUGGUGUUUAGCAGUGACGCCGAGACCUAAAAUGUUUAAUCUUAUUGUUUUCUCUUGAGAUGUUGCACUUGAGUAUUUUAUGUGUUAUAGUAGGUAGGGUACUGUUCAUUCUUGACCCCUUAUCUGUAUUUUGUGUUCAGCUGUAAAGUAUGAAGAAAAUGUUUUCAUUUCACUUGUUCUGUGUUAAAAAAAAAAAAAAAAAGCACAGCACUGUUUUUAACUAGACACUUGGUAAUGAGUUCUGCCAUAGUUGGUGGCAGAAGUCAACAAAUUUUUAGUUUUCAACAUGUAGGAGCUAAUUGAAACGGUUGCAAUACAGCCUUGUAAGCAUUCUGUGUAAUGAGCUGAUUACAUUUGGACAUACUAACAAAUAUAGAAGUUUGAACCUGUGUGAACAGAACAAAGAAAAGCCCGCAGUGGGACUUUAGAACAUUUUAUGUAUUGUAGUAUACAUAUGUUAAAUAAGCAUAUGCUUCUUGGCCCAUUUGGUAACCUCUGAGAUGCAGGUUUUAUUUUGUAUGUCUGAUUUACAGACAGUUAUUCACUUUUUCAGAACAGACUUUGCAGAGGAGUUAAUUUGUUGUCCGGUUUCUAAAAAAGUAUUCUGAUUUAAUUUUGUGUUUCUUAUUUUUAAGUUUGUGGACGGUCUCCCACAGUAGUGCCUCAUAAAGACCUGUACUUUAGAAGAGCAUAACAAAUCUGUUAAGCUCUAAUCACUUUUUCUUUCAGAAAUGAUAGUGUGCUGGUGGGAAUUAAUAUAGAACAUUGAAACGAAAAAUAUCAAUAUUUUAUGUAGUUGUGCCACAUUUCAAGGUGGAAAUAAGAUUUGGAUUUUUAUUGUAUUUAUUUUAUUAAUGAGCCAGAGCAACUUUUUUUUCCAGAUAACCCAUGUUCAAACAAGUAAGAACGUUUUGUCUGCAUAUAAAUUAGAAAAUAUCACUCCUACAUAGAAGUGUUAGAUUUCUCCCUUUUGAGAGGCCUUUGAUUUGAACAGUUAGCAUUUUCUAAAUGUUCUCAACUGUUCAGCUGUGUUUCUUUUUGUUUUUUGAAAUCUAUAGGUUAAUAGAGCCCAUCAACAGAAGUUUGGGAAAUUUUAUCCCAGCACUUGAAGUAUGGAGCAGGAAUAGAAGAUUUUUUCUGUUAAGCUAGGGGUGCACUGCUUUUCUUGUAAUGUUCAUGAAAGGGUAGUCAGGUAAUUUGAUCACUGCUUAAAAUGAUAUGUAUGUACAUAUAUCUAUAUGUAUGUG